GCGUGUGGCUGAUCCGUUUCGCUUGGAGAACAAAGGAACCAGAGGACAACCCUUACGUAACGAUGUGGCGGAACUGUGAAACACGAGCGUAAUAUCCAUCCUCAGCAACUGUGCCGCAUUCAGAAUCGACUAAGCUAGUGGCAGCUAAUGAGCUUAUUGGCAGGAUGGCUUCACACCUAGCAGUACAAUGUGCCGCAAUCCACUGUGCUGGUUUCCAAAGGGCAGAAUGCGCCUCUGCACCGCAUGAAACCAAGCUAAUCACUGAAUGUGGCCAUUGCUCUGGCGUAGUUGUGAGGUGGUAUGAGUAUGAGCACAUGCCGCGAUGGGGUAUCACAUCGCAAAUACCCAGGUACACCGCACUCAUGUUCUUUCCAUUCCCUCUCCAAUAUGACUACCUCCUACCUGGAACCAUGGCACCUCAGCGUCGCCCUUCGAUUAGAUACGAUGCCCUAUCCUCCAUAAACUCCUACAGUCUCUUUCCUAGUAGUCGAAAAGCUCCUUCUAUCAGAUCUACGCGCUACCAGGAACCAGCCACAGCAUUCGCCUGGACUACAUCCAAACACGUGCAGCCUUACACCACCUCUACGCCCUCGCCGUCUAGACGAGCAGAUAUAUCAUGCGGAAUACAAUUCUCACGACUCUUCUCCCCUCGUCGCCGUAUCGCUCCUCGUCGAGACCAUCGUAUCCAGCGCAUUUAUGUACCCACCGGAUACCAAUCACUAGACUUCUCAAGCUGGGAAACCUAUUCAGAAACAGCUCGAGAAUUUCAAUUAUACGCAUGAGAAAAAGGGCAAAGUGGUAUCAUUCUCGCUAGCAAAGAAAAUAAAAAAACCAAAGAUGGAAUGAAAUUACGCUUGCAAACGCGCGCUCACCUCGCCCCCUCCUCGUCCUGAGACAAAUCUUUCAAAAUCUUUCCAAUCUGUUUUCCAUAUAUUAUACCCAACAACCAAUAACCACCUUACUCCACGUCCUCAUUCUUGGCUUCAUUUUCUAUGCGAC